GCCAGUGCCAGGCGGACUCUGCAGACGACGACGGGCGACGCUCUCCCCGGCCUCCUCCUCCGUGGACCGCGACCCGUAUUUUUUGGCUUUGAUCCCGUCAAGAAAUAGCACCUCCUGUCGAUAGGUAUCUGUCCAUUCAACGGCGUAGGCGUUCAGAUGUGUUCUCGAGUGCUUCGGUGACUGCUGUGGGCGGAAGUUGGGAAUCUGGAAACGGCCUCCUCGUAUUCCUCGACCGCGCGAUUGUAACAAUGAUGAUUUCCUGUAGGGUUCGGUUGGCGUUUGAAUGGGCAGACUUGGUGCAAAAUUUGGACCCGACAGUGUCCUUUACCGCCGUACAUUCGGGCGGAGAAAUCAGCUGGCAUCGCAAAUUCCAUCAGGGGAAAUUUCAAGGCCGAGGGAAAUAGGGAGAACGUAAUCCGCAGAGUAUCGACACCAUCCUUUGCUUUCUGCUCCGGCCAUAGAACGCUUGAAGAGAUUUCGCAGUACUGUACGUACUGUACACUGACACUGGCAAAAGAAAACAUUUCGCAGAGUAGUUCGCAAAUGUUUCACUUUCACCCCACGGGCUCAUAAGGAAUUAUGGUUGGAAAGGCCGUGUACGAGAUGGAAUACACUUUGCUGCAGAGCUCGGACUGGGGGAGGACCAGAAAUGGCCGUGGGAACGGGUAAUGUAAAAGCUGCAAGUCUCGUUAUAUUCAAUCAAUGGAAGAUAUGGCAAAGGCGGUUAUGGUUUUCCUGAUUCGGGAGGGCCGGCGAGGAUAUGGGACCGCAGCGCUGAUGCGGAUCCAUCUGGUCGUCGUGCGUUCAGUAGCCAUUGGCGCUGGCCGGCGCUCAUGUCUCUCUUUCUUCCGACUGUCGUUAGGAGUUCCGUGACCGACGGGAGUGCUCCGAUCCCCCACUGACGACGUACGAUUCCCCGGCACAGAUGUGGCGAGAAUCGCUCUACUUCUCCCUCAUGUCGUGCUCCCUUCAGCGGAUCCACAAUUUCGCAUGCUUUUCCAUGCAACACAAGCACACGAAGGACGGGGACGGAUCGACGGUUAGCUUCCGGUCAGGGACCGAGCAAUGUGUUACGGUGUGUGCAAGGGCCGCGGCCUCUAAAAUCCACACCCAUCGCGAUUCUGGUAAUAUUCGGGAGAACAGUAGGGGAUCCAGAAGACCCCACAACACGAUGCAACGACUUGUGCAUGUGAUCGUCCAUCAAGAAGGACCUCGAGUAUGGCAUACCUUAUUGAUGGAUGGUACGUUAUUGAGUACAGUACAGAGCAUGGCUUUUUCUGUAUGAGAGAGGUAAGCGCAACCAUUCGCGUCUUAUUAUUAUACUUCGAGAAGAGCUUAUACUCGACCAUCCGGUGUAUUUUUAUUUUAUGAACG